AUGCGUUGGAACAGUGAGGAGCGUGCGUUUGCUGUUGAGGCUUACUUUUCGCGCGGAUGUUCUGUGAUUGCAACUCAGCGCGCCUUUCGAAAUCGCUUUAAUUUAGCCCCGUCGGCCCCUGUUCCAGACCGAAAAUCAAUUGUUAUGUGGGUCACUACGUUUAGACAAACUGCAAGUGUGACAAAACGAAGAACUGGAGUCCCUCGGCCCAUUAGAUCACCUGAGAACAUUGAGGCAGUCAGAGCUUCAAUGUUGCGAUCACCACGGCGUUCUGCGCGCAAACAUGCAUCUGCCCUUGGACUUUCCAGUCGUUCUGUGCGGAGAAUUCUCCAUGAAGACUUACAUUUCCAUCCAUACAAGAUGGCGACUGUACAGGAACUGUCAAAACGUGACUACGAUUCUCGCAGGAACGCAUGUGAGAUUCUUCUGGAUGUCGUUCCUGAGGACGCUAUUGUUUUUUUUAGUGAUGAAGCACAUUUUCACUUGUGUGGAUCCGUGAACAAACAAAACAUGCGCUACUGGGCUGACACCAAUCCUCGAGAAUUGCAUGAAAGGCCUUUGCAUUCACCUAAGGUCACAGUGUGGUGUGCAAUUUCCUCAGCUGCAAUUAUUGGUCCCUGGUUCUUUGAGGAAAAUGAAGUCACAGUAACAGUGAAUUCGGGCCGGUAUGUAAACAUGUUACAGGAAUUCUUUUUACCCCGGCUGGAUGCGUUGGACUUGGGAGACAUUUGGUUCCAACAAGACGGUGCAACGGCACACACUGCAAGAGCAUCGAUGGCUGUUUUGAGAGAACACUUCCCAGAACGCCUUAUCUCAAUCAGGGGCGAUUUGCAGUGGCCGGCCCGAUCUCCCGAUUUGUCCCCUUGUGACUUUUUUCUAUGGGGUUUUUUGAAAUCCCGUGUUUAUGUGAACCGUCCAAGGACCCUACAAGAUUUAAAGAACAACAUCCAGGAAGAAAUUGCCAACAUAACGCCUGCUCUGCUUCAAAGAGUUAUGACAAACACCAGAAAUCGGUAUACUCAAUGUAUAGAGAAUAAGGGACGUCAUCUACCUGAUUUGAUCUUCAAAACUAAAUAA